GCAACUACCCCGUCUUUCAAGCUACUCGUGAAUGGAUGAUGCUCUACUACGAAACUUCUUUGAUAAAAACAUCAGAAAAAUGGAGGCCUUUCGCAAUAUUCUGUGGGCCAUUUUUGCUUUCAAUUAUAUUCAUCUUUGUUCUUCUCCGUGGGCUACCAGAACUUCCAGAUGAAUACAGAGAACACAUUAAAUUCCCUAGCAAUCUACAUGAAUUAAAGCAGCUGGGAAUAGUUCUUUCUUCAUAUAAAGGAAACUAUUAUUGGCAAAUUUUACUGCUGAUCAUAUCCUCUUAUAUAUUCCUCCAGUCUUUUAUGAUUCCGGGAUCUGUAUUGUUUAGUAUCCUGUUGGGCUACCUGUUCCCCUUCCCUGUCGCCCUUCUUGUUAUUGCCCUCUGUUCAGCUGUUGGAGCUUCGUGUUGCUAUUUCUUUGCUGGCUACGUUGGAUCAAGAACUUUGCUUAGGCUUUUUCCUGAUCACAUUAUGCAUUUUCGUGCAUCAUAUGAUCCUGCAGCAUUAAUACAUCUUCUCACAUAG